GGAGAGAAAAAACAAAGUUGUGAAACCCCACCCUCUCCGCUGACUGUGGGCAGUGGAAGUUCGAGGUCCGGACGAGUCGACCGAGCAAGAGGAAUAAAACACACGUUACAAUGGAGUUGUUGCGCCGCCUGGACACCGACCGCUCCAACGGGACCGGCGAGCUGGACGAGGCCACGCGCUGACCCACAACUCCGGGAACUAACGGGAUUUAGUUUCUACUGCGUGGUUUUCUAUCUCUCCCCCCCCCCCCCCUCUCUCUCUCUGGGGUUCGGACGGCUCUUCCUGUUCCCAUAAAGUCGUCUCGUCCCUCCGGUUCGUGUCGCGAUAAAGACCCGAGCGGCUCGUCGCGCGCUUGUGAUAAUUUCAGCAUGAACGCGCUCGCGCGGAGGGAGGCGGGAUUUCCUGCGGGAGCGCCGCACAGUGGCGGCCCGGCUCGGCUGUUGGAGAUUUCUGUUCGCUAACGCGACCUGGAACUCGUCGUAAAACACCGGCUGGCCGCACUGAAUGCUCCUUUUCCUGCUAUUCUUCUCUGGCUUCGCAGCGCUUCCUGCUUGGUGGUGGCCACUGCACUUAAUGGCUAAAAAUACACGACGCAAAAUCACCCAAAUGGACAGCUGAACAGUGGGAACAGCGACUUUGGAUUACUCCACAAAGUAUUUUACACCGAGCUCUGGAUAGUCGAUGGUUCCACAGCUCAACAGGUGGCCGUGUUGAGGAGAGCUCAGUACCCACGAUGAGGCCCUUCAGGAGCCUCUGAGGAGCCGGCUGGUGAGCUUGUUGGGCCAACCGCUCGUCGCUUGAACCGAGAGAAACGCCGACUGGAUCGAUCCGCUCGCUGAUCCGGUGCGUCUGCGUGUGAUGUCAAGACGAACGAGAGACUCUCCCCGUUCAGUCGUCUCCGAUUCCUCCUCCGAAACCCGCUUGUUGGUCAAGCUUUUGAACACAGUUCACUGGUCCCUGACCGGAUCCAGUGUCGCCAUCUUGCUUGCGGCUCCAUGGAGCCGCUGAAGAACAUAUUCAGUCGCGGCUCGCUGUCCAACUGGAAGAAUUUGGAUCAAUCGCAAAAAGGGAACUUCACCAACCCCGUGUGGACGGCCUUAUUCGACUACGAGGCGUCCUGUAAGGAUGAGCUCACCUUGCGACAAGGGGACCUGGUGGAGGUCCUGUCCCUGGACUCUGAGAUCUCGGGGGACGAGGGCUGGUGGGCGGGGAAGGUCAACAACAAGGUGGGCAUCUUCCCGUCCAACUACGGCUCCUUCAAGCCGCCCGGCGACGUGGUCGGCGAGCUCAGCCCGGCCGCGGUCGCCCAGUUCGAGCCCGACGUGCUGGACUUCCGGGAGCUGAGCCUGGAGGAGGUCAUCGGGGUCGGGGGCUUCGGAAAGGUCUACCGCGGCACCUGGAGAGGCCUGCUGGUGGCCGUGAAGGCCGCCCGCCAAGACCCGGACGAGGACAUCAGCGUGACGGCGCAGAACGUCCGGCAGGAGGCGCGUCUGUUCGCCAUGCUCACGCACCCCAACAUCAUCGCCCUGAAGGGCGUCUGCCUGCAGGAGCCCAACCUGUGCCUCAUCAUGGAGUACGCGUCGGGCGGGCCGCUGAGCCGGGCGCUGGCGGGGCGCCGCAUCCCGCCGCACGUCCUCGUCAACUGGGCCGUGCAGAUCGCCCGGGGGAUGUUGUACCUGCACAGCGAGGCCAUCGUCCCCGUCAUCCACCGGGAUCUCAAGUCCAACAACAUCCUUCUGGCUCAGCCCAUCGAGAAUGAAUGCAUGGAGGGUCUGACGCUGAAGAUCACCGACUUCGGCCUGGCGAGGGAGUGGCACAAGACCACCAAGAUGAGCACCGCCGGCACCUACGCCUGGAUGGCCCCCGAGGUCAUCAAGUCCUCCACCUUCUCCAAGGGCAGCGACGUCUGGAGCUAUGGCGUCCUGCUGUGGGAGCUGCUCACGGGAGAGGCCCCCUACAAAGGGAUCGACGGGCUCGCCGUGGCCUACGGCGUCGCCGUCAACAAGCUCACGCUGCCCAUCCCCUCCACGUGCCCCGAGCCCUUCGCUCUGCUCAUGUCAGAGUGCUGGGACCAGGACCCCCACUGCAGACCCAACUUCAGCUCCAUCCUGGCCCAGCUCACGGCCCUGGAGCAGCAGGUGAGGGAGGAGAUGCCGCAGGAGUCCUUCCACUCGCUGCAGGAUGACUGGAAGCUGGAGAUCCAGGACAUGUUCGACGAGCUCCGGGCUAAAGAGAAGGAGCUGCAUUGCCGCGAGGAGGAGCUGAAGCAAGCGGCCGUGGAGCAGAAGUCCCACGAGGAGUUCCUGCGUCAGCGCGAGCAGCAGCUGGCCCAGUGGGAGCAGGACGUGUUCGAGCGCGAGCUCAGCCUCCUCAUCCUGCACCUGAACCAGAACCAGAACCUGGAGAAGCCCAACGUCAAGAAGAGGAAGGGCACCUUCAAGAAGCACAAGCUCAAGUGCAAGAACGGCGAGAAGAUCAGCAUGCCUCAAGAUUUCAUCCACAAGAUCACGGUGCAGGCUUCCCCCGGCCUGGAGAAGAGGCGGAACUCUCCCGAUCUGGGUUCGGGUUCCUCGCCCUCCUUCGGCCCGCGUUUACGUGCCAUCCAACUUAGUCCCAGUGACAACCGCAGGUCGUUCAGCCUGAGCCCGGUGUGGCCCCUCGAGGCCCCUUCUCACAAACAAGCCAAUGGAGACCAGCGAUUGGUCCCCCACUGGAGGCCCCAGAGCCCCAAAAGUCCCAAAAGCCCCAAAGUCCUGCGCCUCAGUCCUCAGGAAAGCAGCCUGUCGAUGAGGGCCAAGCUCCUGGAUUCCGACAGCAACGUGAGGGGGGAAGCCAAGGAGGACUUUGAGGAGUACAGACCCAGCGCGCCGACCCAGAACGGCUCCUCGGGGAAGGACAGCCUGCGGCUUCCGCUCCCUCAGCGAGACUCGGCCGGCGAGGAAGGGUGCUCCUCCCCGGCCGGCUCCCCCCGGCCAGAGCGGGGGUCCCACAGCGGCCUCGUUAAGAGCACCCACCAGGCCCUGCUGGGCGGGGGCUCCCUCCUGGCCUCCGUAGCACUGGGUCGCUGCCUGGAUGUUCCCCCAAGGGUGCCACCUCGAACUAACCUCCCAUCCCUGGAGAGCCACACCCCCUCCGACCCGGAGAUCUCCGCCCCCAUGCCCCUCAUGUCAGACCCCCCGGUGGUGGACGAUCUCGUCACCUUGUCCCCCUCCGAGUUGCUCCCCAGACCGCUUUUGGACUUGGCGCUGCACUACCAAGAACUGAAGCCCCUCCCCCUGACGCCGCCGCCGCCGAUCCCCCGCGAGAGGAGCCACCGGAUGGCGCACAGUCCGCACUGCCCCAGGAACCCGCUGCAGCACGGCAAGGCGAGCCCGGGGGACCGGGCCCCGGCGAACGGGGAGCUGCCCUGUGAGACCUGGGAGCACAAAGCGGACAGAAGGAGGCGGUCCAGCCAAGGCCUGCACGCCGCUCAGCUAGCUCUGGACCUGCCCUUGUGCCAGGACACACAGGACUCCAACGAUACGCCUUCCGCGUCCGUGUCCCUCCACCCUAACCCCGCCCUCUGGAGCCCCAAAACCCCCCGCCUGGAGGUCAGCAUCAUCCCCCGGCCCCGGCCGUCCCCCAUCCGGCCCCGCAUCGAUCCCUGGAGCUUCAUCUCGGCGGGCGGCGUGAACUCGGCCGGCGGCCGCAGCCCCCACCGCUUGGACGUCAACCCCCUGGGCUACCAGCCCUCCCCGACCAACCCGUUCACCAACUGUGACCCCUUCCCCUCGCCGGACUGCGACCCGUUCUCCCUCAAGGCCGACCCGUCGAGCGGCUCGCACGCGGCCUCCCCGUUCGACCCCUUCUCGGCCCCCUUCCCCACCUCCCGUUCGGCCCCGAGCUCCACCAACGGCUCGCCCACGCUGCCCUCGUUACGCCGAGCGCCCCUCAGCGCGGCCGACUCGCCGCUCAUCGACAUGGGCUGGGCGGCCUGCGGCAAGCCCCUGCUGGAUGGCACCAAAGAGAGAGCUCACCCCCACAAGACUCUGGGGCUCAAGCCCUUCAAGUCCCCGACGCAACUCAGAGACGACCGGUUCUGAACCGGAGCCCGUGGCCAUGGGUUUCAAUCACAGCAACACAGUCCAGGCACCUUCUUUUUUUUAAACCGCUUAGCGAGGAUUUGGAAUCUUAAAAAAAGCCAUCGCUCACACCACCGAGGGAAGUUUCCUCUAUGGGAGCCCCAAUCACUGCAGGUCCUUUUAUUCGCAAGCCUCCGGAACCAGAAAGCCAGUGAAAGGCGCUACAUCGGAUGGUGGGAUAGCCGCCUUUGAACCGAAAGCUGGUGCCCAUUUUAUUCGCCCCUCUAUCUCUCUUCUCUAUCCCUUUGAAGGAGCAGAACACAGAUCAGUAGUCCCAUGUUCGGAUUCCAUCAGACUCCUCACAUCACCUUCUUUCAUCUUCCCCCCCUGCCUUUGAAGAUUUGUGACAAUGCAGAGGUGGAUAAGGCGACUUGCACAGCUUCAUCUGCCUCUACCUCUCUCCAAACUGAAAGCAUUCAGGACAACAGGGAAAAUGGAGUGAUGCCUUUUUAGCGAAUAUCUUUUUCGAGAUUUCUUGAACGGUUGUCCUGGUGCGUCGGGAUGCUCCGAAUUUGGCUUAAAUUUGCUCAAUCAGCUUAGCAGGAAAAUGUUGUCUGCGUGCGUGUGCAUGUAUGUCUAGACUCAUUGUUCAAGGAAAGCUUACUGGGUUUUUUUCUUCCAAAACGGCAUCUGCCUGUUGCAUUGUGGGAGAAUGCACUGGUUAUUCCAGGCCACUCGUGAAAUGCAAGACAAAUCCAUGACCCAGACAUUCCACUUGGAGGCAGAUAAAAUUCCAAUCACGUUCCCCUUGAAAUGCCAGGGAUUGGACAGAUUCAUUUGGCUGGCACAGGAAACAGGAUAGGGGGGGGGGGGCUCUGCAUUCCCUUUUAUAUGCCAAAGAAUGCCACUGUGACAGUCUCAGAACUGGGACAAAGGGUGCUUGCAAAAUGCAUUGUUUUCGCCAGUGCCAGAUGGGCGGCGGCGGCCAUGUUGGAUAGUACAGAGAAAGCUGAGACAAUCACGGAUAGUAUUUAAACAUAACCUUUUUGUACUUUCCUGUGGUUAUCUUCUUUAACAUCAUCCAGGCUGUCUUAUCACUCCCCGUCGGAUGCUGUAGGGAAGGUAGUUGGUAAUACUACAGUGUGUCUGUAUUGAAGCGUCACUGAAUACUUUAUUUAUUUGUAGGGUCCACUAGAGUAGCAGUCGCCUUGCAAAGCCAGUCACAUGACACUUCUCUCCUUCACUUGAUUGGAUGAGUGCUCACCCCUGUCAUUGGUUCCCUCUUACAAUCCUUGAACUAGUAACAUUGUGGUUUUACUGAACAUGUUAAAUUACACCUGAAAGUUGCCGCACAAUGUGAGCCAGAAACAUCUGUGAGUCUUCAGCCAUUUUGGGGAAUGCACUUCUUUCUUGUCCAGAGUUAGAUGAAUAGAUCGAUACCUCACUUAUAUGGGUCCGUUCAAUAUGAAUAUGUUAGCUAGCUUAGCAUAAAGACUGGGAUCAGCUAGCCUGACUCUAUGAAUCCACUUUGAAGCUCCUCUCUUAUUAAUAAAUCACAUGUCGUCUGUUUUAAUAGUAGUUGUCACCAGAAGGGGGCGGGGCAACCUUAAGGAGUAAGAAACAAACAAACCGAGAAAUAUCAUCGGCUUGUAGCCCCUUAGUUUUUGUUGUUGUUGUUUAGAUUAAACAAAAACGAAAAAACUUGAGUUUUAAAGAUGGAUUUUUAUUUUUCAACAGAGCCAGGCUAGCUGUUAGCUUUGUGCUAAGCUAACCAUCAAAACAUGAAGUGAUCGCUAGUCAACUACCUUGAGCUUGGAGAAGUAGGCGUGGCUACAAACCAGUUUAACAUCGCUAUGAUCCUGUCGGUUCCCGUGAAUAUCUGUGACGUCGUUAUACUCCCAGAAGAGACACGGCGGAGAAGUUCAACAUUUAACAAAAACACAGAAAGAAAUGAAUUCAUUAAUUCUAAAGAAGCUGGAAAAAGCUAAUCAUCCAACCAAACAGCAGCCUCACUGGAUCAUCAACUUGCCCUUUCACUCAUCACUCCAUCACCGAUCCUCCUACAGACGAAAGACUCAAAUACUACUAAACAUAUAUAUAAUGCAUCCAGUGAGGCAGGUUGAGGGAAAGCAACAAAUGCUUAUUGCUAAAUAACCCCUGGAAUGGGUUGGACAUCCCACAGUAUCCAUUUAUUAUCAUUGUCCAAUAGUUUAGUCAGCUGGUCCUCCAUGAUUAGUGUCGGUCAAGCUUGUAGCCGAGACCCUCGUGACCUCAUGACUUUGGCACUCAGGCCGUCGUGAAGGGCUUCAUCACUGACUCCGUGUCAUCGGAGGACAACAUGGUCUCUGUGUGAGAACCUCGUCUCCAAAGAGGACGUCUUUGUGAUGAGCCCAAUAAUCCUUCUGACGAUCGGAGGAGGCCGAUAGUGAUAAUUAGCCUCCUGAUAAGAGCAGAGCAUUAACAAAGCGUUCGAGUUUGGUUAAUUAAAUCCCCCCCGACGUUACGUGAAUCCCCCUCGUCCUCCUCGCAAAGGUAUUUUCAGUUGCUUCCUGCAUCGGCUCCCGGCUCGAUUUAAGCCCUCUGCUUCUCUUCUUGUUUGUUUCAAAGACGCGUCGGGCCGUCUUUCAGGCUUCACCGUCAAAUCUCACCGCUUCCCACGUCCUUCACCAAUCCGAGGACACCGCAGAGCUUUCUAUUCAUAAUGCAGCAAGGAUUCGGUCUACGGGAAAAAAUAAAUAAAAAGCCAUUUGUUCUCGGACAGAGUCCAUUAACCGGGGAGUGCUUGUUAUACAGAGGCAAUCGAAUUUGUUUGAAAUUGAAAGGGGAACUUUGCUUCUCUUGUGCACCUUAAUGCAUCUGUUCGUCAUCUCCUGGACAUCCACGUGAUAUUCCACAGGAACAAAGAGACAAAGUGCUCGUAAAAGCAUGCUUCAGACCGACUUGGUUGCACAAUCUGUGCAGUUUUUAUGGCCGAUCUGUUGGAGAUGGAGGUGAAGAGAGAGAUGGUUGACCUCCUGAUCUGAAAAGUGAAGCCAAUGCCAAAGUAUCUCAAACCUUUCUAAUGGCCAGCAGGGGUUCACUCCUGGAGUCAGAUAGAAAUCUAUGAGAAGAUGACUCUACUUGUCUCUUGAUUUAUCCCCUCAGUAAACAUUGUAAACAUGAGUUUAUGUCUCAAUCUCUAGUUUCACGUCUUCUUCAAUACAGCAUGAUGUUCAUCUAGGAAGUUAUAGUACAAUUAUCGUCAUAAAGCAGGUUGUUUCUCUAGGGCGGCGGUACCGUGUGAUUGACAGGUCGUUCAACACGUCGCGAGUCAAAAAGAUUGAAGUUGGCCUCUGAGCCAAUCAGACGACUCGCCUCCUCCUCGGUAUGUGUGGAAGUUGCCGUUUCUCGACGUGGGCCCGCCACUACCAUUUCACCCGCGUGACAAGCGGCGUUAAUACCUCGCCUCUCUUCCGACGCCGCGAGAGCGAUCCGGUAAAGUCAUCAGGUUGCCGUGGCUGUGAUUGUCAGCGGAGCGCCGCGAAGAGGAGUGAUACACGAAGGAAAUUGAGAUGAUGGAACCGUCGGGCAGAUUAUUUCUGUCACAAACGCUGUGUGCGUGUCAAGCGUUCGCUUCAACCUGCCACUCACGGCCUCGUCUGUGUGUGAGUACUCAGCGCCAGACUUUAAUUCUCCAUCAGACCUGAUGUUGAGAAGUGUUCCCCCGUCUCCACCCCGAGCACGCUGGGUAAUUUAUCUCUGGAAAUAUGACUCGUGGCAACAGGAGCCGCUGUGCUUUUUUUAACGUAUGAUUUAAAGUCGGAGUGUGGUUCCUGUUGGAGGAGGUUCAUUUGAAGUGGGGAGGAACCUUCCUGCCGUGGCAGAGGAAGAUACUGGAAGACUAGUUUGGUAGCUUUUGUGGACGUCCAAUAUUUGGGUUGUCAGUUUUCCGAGCUGACAGAAAGCACUUAAAGGCAUCGGCCCUAUCCGUCAUUACAAAUUACUGACGGGCGACUGGAAGUGAAUUCUCCGCCCCGAGAGAACGAUACCUGGCCACCGGGGAUCCACUUUCAGCCCCACAUUGGCGAUCCAAACUUAAAGCUGAAGCUCAGGACCACCGCCCCUAAUCAGUGAAUGGCAAACGGUCAACACGUUCACAUGAAUACAAGCUAAUGAGAUGGCACGAUGGAGGAGCCCGAGGCCGUGACCCUCAUCACGCCGAGACGCCGCCAGUGGUCGGGGGGGGUUGCGUAACAAUCAGCGCCAUUAUCCAGAGGAAAGGGAAAAGAAAAGUCGCUAUGUAGGUUAGUCGAAGGUUUGGUGAAGGGUAGCCGUGGAGCGUGGGCCCGAUGCACCCGGGCGCCACUUAAAGGUUAAUUUGGCUUCAUGAUCAGUGAAUAUGCAUACUCAUCAUUUAAUUUACUCUUAUUAAACCGCUGAUUCAAAUUAAACCCUGUUUACUAGUUCUAACUCUUGAAUUCUAUCCCCAUAACUCCUGAGUGACGGAGCCCCGUGUGCCUGUGAACUCCUCCGUCUCCGGCGCUCAACCUCAGGGAAGUGGAGUCGGGGAAAUGUACUUUCGUAAAUUGCCGCGACUCGGCUCGAGUCAUGUUUUCUCUCCUUUCGCGGUUACUGAGAAAAUUGGAGGACGGGGGGGGGGGGGACUCUGUCCGAGCAUGUGUCACAUUUAUUUCAUUGAUGAAAUCGUACCUCGGCGGAGUCGGUGGAGGGUAAAUUCUGAAAACUACAAAAAUAAGACGGCCUGGCAUUUCCAGAAGGCUCCCCACCCCCCGUGCUGCCGUUUGCUCGCUUGUGUUCAAUUAAGCGGAGGUUACAAAUGUACCUGCUUAUCGGGCCUCGUUUCAGGUGCGUCCUGCACAUCGUUGCUCUUUCUGGCUCAUAUUAAGUGAAACACCUGCCCGGGCCUUUUGUUUGACAUUAACGGGCCGAGACCAAAAUGAUCAAAUAUGACCUGCCGAAUUUACAGGAAUCGCACAUCGCAAAAAUGGACGUUGGACUAAAGCUGUGUGUGCGGCGGCGUUGGCAGGUGCGUCAGCUCGGUCUCUCAAAGUGUGAACAUUUAUUCCUAAUUCUUUUCCGUCUGUGCCUCCCAAAGUCACCAUCUGCUGUCAUUUGAAUACAACCCAAUGAAUGAGAGCCGUAGAAUAAGCACCAACGUGUGCCCCGAGACCAAGGAUGGCAAAAUAAACCUGUUUUUAAAUGUUUUGUAUCUAUGAUGUUAUUAAAUCCAAGGCCGCACCCCCCCACUCGGCAGCGCCGUGGUCGUGAUUAUUGCUCUGCCCGAGCUAUUGACGCUCAAUUACCUCGUGAUCUUCGAGCCGUUCAAUCUGCACAUUCCUGUUCCUCCGAGCGUCCAACGGGCCGCAAACCAACCGGUCGAGUAAACAAACCGCGUGCCUCAAUCACGGAGACGGGCGACUGAUUUAUUGCCGUCUACUCACAGAAGAAAGAACCGCGAUGGCGUGUAUUGUAACAACGUGUCACGAACACCGUGUCACGAACUACGUGUCACGAACACCAUGUCACGAACUACCUGUCACGAACACCGUGUCACGAACUACCUGUCACGAACUACCUGUCACGAACACCGUGUCACGAACUACCUGUCACGAACUACCUGUCACGAACUACGUGUCACGAACUACGUGUCACGAACUACGUGUCACGAACUACUUGUCCCGAACUACGUGUCACGGCGCAGAAGCUGCUCCUACGAGCCUUGAAGCUCGGUGAUGUGUUUAUUACAUCUUCAGUACAUCUUAGUCGGUAUUUUUUAACGUUCUUCCCGUAAUGUAUAUUUCAUGGAUGCCUUCGCCCCGCUAACGACCUCCGUUAGCUAAAGUCCAAGCGAGCGUCGUUCUCUCAAAAGUUGAACGUGGCACAAAUUUGCAUAUCAAAGUUCACCGAAUUGGAAAUAUGGAAAACUAUGCAUGGAUUUUUUUCUAUCGUUGCUCCGAUUCCACGAAAAUAAAUUGGGAAGAGUCCUCGUCGCAAACUCAGCGGGGUUAGUGGAGGCCAAGCGACGAUUGGCUGGUGUGAAAUCACAGAUGAGGGGACCAGAUGUCCGACGUUGGUGUUCAAAACCACGAAGUGCUGAUCCAGAAGGUCCUGGAAGUCCCCUUAGAUACGUCAAUGUGAUUCCAGGGCAACACAUGUGAAUGAGGCUUGACGAUAUUAAAUAUGAGGGUGGUCUCUUUCAGCUGCUCUCUCUUGAAUAUCUAAAUGAUCCAUGAGGUCAUUUGAAAAAGGGUCUCACUGGUCAAAUCUCUUCCACUAAGGGAAUCCCAGCCCCGCUAAAGGCUUUUCCUCUCCGACAGCUUCCCACCAGUCAGCGAAGGACAUUUACAGAAUGAAAUACUCGAGGGGGGGUAAAAGCGGAUAUUUAUAAAUGGCCAUCUUCUUUACACACUGGAUCCAAACUCUUUCUCUGGAGAUGGCCAUGGAGGCAGACUACGUUAGCAUGACGGAGCCCGUUGUAUAGGUUUUCACUGGAGUAUUUAAGUUGUUGUGUGUGGGUGCUUCACGAGAGGCCUCUUUACAUUCCUGUGCUCCCAAAUCGGCAACAAAAAGGAGUCCUCCACAAGCCCCUCGGUGUCUGUGUGCAGCAGAACAUUGAGGAGAAUUGCCUGGCGGAGCUUGAAAUCCGGUUCUUCGUGUAAAUAAAUUUAAAAAAAAUUAAAUCGCAGCCUAAAGUCUCCUUGAGGCACCCACACUGAAUUUAUGUGCAUAAAACUGCUCGAUAGAGAAGAGGACCGAGUCCCCUCAGUGGACAGACGUGGACCUCCUCUCUGUGUAUCUAUUUCUGCUUUUUACUGUAACUGUUCCAGAUUUAUUUCCACGUCUGUUCUGUGUGUCGUACUACAGCUUAGGCGAUGUGAUGACACACGUGUUGCGUUGCCCUGGCAGCCAUCUUGACAUCUCUCUCAGAGCCGCCUCUGCUCACGCGAGUUUAAGGUUUUUUUCGGUUGUCGGGCUUUGAAAAAAAUGUGUUAUUGUUGCAUUUUUUUGUGAAAUCUCGCACUGGGCUGGGCCUAAUCAACUGUUUUUAUUGUUGUGUGUCAAGACGACUAUUUCUCUACUACAGUAUGUGACUUUUUUAUUUUUAUUUCUCUUGACUAUUAUAGUGGGUUUUAACCUGUGGAAAAAGAAAAAAAAAGGAAAAAACUGCUCAAAAAGAGAUGAGACCAAAUAAAAUGUAACACUCCUGAA